GAAUGAGAGAUUAUUUUCUUAAUUCCUCCUUCCGUAUAUAAACCAACCGGCGGAAAGCUUGGCUCAUUGCCUCCAAAGUCCAUACUCAACUCUCCCUCUCUCUCCUUCUCUCCCGCCAAGAAAACUCACGACUCGAUAUGGCAGGGUAUCCGCCACCGGGUUCCGGCUACCCGUAUGGGGCACCCCCGAACCCCUACGGCGCCGCCCCUCCACCGUCGGCACCGUAUGGCCCCGCCGGCGGCAAGCCCCCCAAGGAAGGCAAGGGCCAGGGGGCCGGCUACUACCAGUACCAGACACCGCCGCCGCUGCCGACGGGGCCGUAUGGAAGCCCGUUCGCUGGGCUGGUGCAGUCGGCGUUCCCGCCGGGGACGGACCCCAACGUGGUGGCGUGCUUCCAGGCGGCGGACCGCGACGGGAGCGGCUUCAUCGAUGACAAGGAGCUCCAGCAGGUGCUCUCCUCCUACAAUCAAAGCUUCAGCAUUCGGACCGUCCACCUCCUCAUGUACCUCUUCACCAAUACCAACGUUCGCAAGAUCGGUCCAAAGGAAUUCACCUCAGUGUUCUAUAGCCUUCAGAACUGGAGGGCCAUCUUUGAGAGGUUUGAUCGUGAUCGCAGCAGUAAGAUUGAUGCAUCAGAGCUGCGAGAAGCUCUUCUGAGUAUUGGAUUUGCCGUUUCUCCGGUGGUUCUGGACCUGCUUGUGUCCAAGUUUGAUAAAUCUGGAGGCAAAAACAAAGCCAUUGAAUAUGAUAACUUCAUUGAAUGUUGCCUUACUGUUAAGGGGCUGACAGAAAAGUUCAAGGAGAAGGACACCAUGUACACGGGAUCGGCCACUUUAACUUACGAGUCCUUCAUGCUUACCGUCUUGCCCUUCCUUGUUGCAUAAAGAAAGCUGUGUAUAUAAGGCGUUGUUCUCUUUCUGGCGUAUUACCUAGUGUAACCCUUUCUCUGGCUUGUUUUCUUUCUGAGUCAUGUUGGUUGUGGUACUGUUUAAUAAUGCUUCCUGGUGAUAAGAUCGUUUUGUUGUUAUGCUUCACUAUAUUAAGUUUUAUCACCAAAUGGACAGGCUUAUAUCUUUCUCUCAGAAGGUUGUCUCUUUUCA